AUGCCUCCAGCCCCGAAGUUUGAAAUCCCCGAUGUGGAUACAAACCCCUUCAAGAUGGCUGCUGUGGGGAAUCUUCAGCUCCUGAAGACGCUUGUGGAGCCACUAGAGAGUGCAGACGGCAAGACACCUGCGCCGCUUAAUGUGAAUGCGAAGGAUCCUUACGGGUGUACACCGCUGAUUUGGGCUGCUCGAAAUGGGUACUUGGAGGUUGUGGACUACCUGGCAGAGCAUGGCGCCGACCUUGAAGUCACUAGCUUCGGCGACCUUCGUCCUCUGCACCACGCUCUCAACCACUCGCGGUUGCCAAUCGUCGAACGUCUGAUCCAGCUCGGCGUCAGUAUCGAACCCAAGGACGACGCUGGUAACACGCCGCUCCACUUUGCUGCAGCUCGUGGCAUUCUGAACCCGAUCUUGCUGCUUCUAAAUGCUGGAGCCAAGGUCAACGUCACCACAGCGCAAGAAGUGUCUCCACUCAUGAAAGCCGUGUCAGCUGGUCAUAUCUCCGUCGUCGAGAAGCUUCUGGACAACGAGGCGAACCCCAACCACGUCAAUGUUGAAGGCAACACGGCGCUCCACCUCGCUGCUCGUGGCGGAUUUAACUCCAUCGUAAAAGUGCUACUGGAUGCUGGUGCCACUGCAACAAUGCGAAAUAAAGCCGGCAAGACACCUGCAGAGCUUGCAUCGUCCUCCAGUAUCGUCAAAAUGCUAUCUGGGUAG